UUUUUAACGGGAACACUACAGAAAUCGUGUCGAUUUUUAGGAUUCGAAAUCCAGGUUUUUAAAAAACACGAUUUAAACAGACAGAUUUUAGCCACUCAAUUUAAAAUAAAUCACAAUCCUAAACAUUUAUGGUAGGCCACUUGUCUCAGUAAUAGUGUUUGUUUCGUUUCACACUUUGCAGAAUCGGUUAAUAAAAAUGGAAAUAAUUAAAAUUUGGGCAGUUCUGCCAAAAUUUACGCUCCUCUGCAUUCCACCACUGCCUCUGAGGAGAAACAUGCUCUCACCACACAAGGACAAAGACGCGCAUUCCCACUGACUGGUCCCUCUUUCAUUCCCUGGUGCAGAAGGGGUUUUGUAGUCUAAAAUUUAACAUCCAGUUCAUUUACAAUUUGGAUGGACCACUCAGGGACCGGAGGGUUAAAUGACUCGACCGUAGCCACCAGCUUUACGCAUGACUUCGCCGUGCGUGCCGUCUUCCCAGCACUGUCCUGGUCACAUCGCUUUGACGCAUGGAAUACCAAAAUCACUGCUAAUACAGAGACAUAGCUCGGAUCAGUUUGUAUUUUCUGCAUGAUUUUUUGGAAAGAAAAAGGGGCUUAAAAUGGGAGGUGCGCGCAUUCUGGUUGUGUUGGCUUGGAGAAGGAGGUGCUUAACCUCCCUCCUGCCAGUUCUGCAUGGUCAUGACCUGUCAUCACGCCCCUUCCACAGCCCACCUCAUCCUAUUGGUCCUGUUCAUUGUCACUCCGCAGCUAGCUGGCACCGCCCCUGUGCGGGGUGAGGGAGGGGAGGGAGGGGUGGAGGGGCGCACCCGGACAGACCAUAAAGAGGAGGACAGCCUUGCCCCCUUUCUCUCGCCCCCACCCCAGAGCCUCUCCAGCCCUGGGAACACCUCGCUAGACCGGGGUCGGGGCCCGGGUCAAGAUAACCAAUUAGAUAAAGUGACGGACCCCGCACAGGUGCUUGCUGUCCUCCUGGAGGCCCUGGACCACCCGGGGGACAGUGAGAUCCAGGCGAGCAGAAACAGAGACUGGGAAGAGGAUCAGAGCCAGGAGCUGCCCUCCACGGAAGGCUUGGAGGGUGGCGAGAUAAGGAGAACAGAGGAGACAGUGGAGGAGGAGGGGAAAGAGGGGCGGGGGCCCGAUAAGGCUAUUGAACAGCUAAUUGUAGGCCAUUUGACAGCUGCUCAGGGGUAUGACUUGAAGGAAAGGGAGGAGCAGGAUAAAAACACAAGGUCGGAGGAUGAACAAGGGUGGCCUGCAAAGAAUGUGGAGCCUGAUAGUGUAAGUGAGGAGGGAGGCAAGGGAGAGGAAGAGGAGGAAGAGGGGCAGGAGGAGGGAAACGAUUUAAAAAGUUUCUCAGGCAAGGCAACCUCACAGGGAGACGAUGACUCUCUGCAGCGCAAAAUAAGAGGCUACUUCCAAAACAUUGACUUGGGGCUCCAAGAUAAUGAGAUCCUGCCUCCUCUGAAGGGCUACAAGGCAUAUAACACUCAGCUGGCACGAGCUGGAAAGAAGCAGCACUGGCAGGAGAACCAGUCCCGCAACAGACCCGUCAAGGGGGGCAACUUCAUGGAUGACUUUGAGGAUGACGGAGAGGAGCUGGAGGAGGAGGUGGAGGAAGAAGAGGAGACCCUCUCCCACAUGGAGGAGGAGGCGAGGGCACGUGCAGAGAAGCAGGAGGUGCUCCGGCAGCAGGAGGAGGCAGAGCGAGCCAGAGAGGAAGAGCAGAGGUUGGCAGACAUUGCCUCUGACAUGCUGCUGCAGUACAUGGGGAGGAAGCAGCAGUCCUACAUGAAGCCCCGGCAGAAAAGCAGCAUGGGGGCCGCCGGCAACACGGCGGAGGACAAGCGCUCAGAGGAGGUCCUCCCAGAUGAAGACGACCUGGACCAGCAAAUGAUCGACAGGCUGAUUGAGAUCAGCAGCAAGCUGCACCUGCCUGCUGAUGAUGUGAUUGAGAUUAUUAGUGAUGUAGAGGAGAAGAAGAAGAAAAGGAAAGAGUUGCAGCAGCAGCCGACCAACAGCAAUCCUGUUGUCCCGCGCUUCAGGCCUCUGGUGCCUCCUCCUCUGGCUGCCCCGCCUCUUUACCACUACACAGCCUCAAAAAACCCCAAGAAAGCCCCUUAUAAGUACAACAAGUCCAACAAGAAAUGGCACAAGGACAAAGUCAAGUCAUACAAGCAGGACUAUUGGUAUAAGCCUCAGAAGCAGCUUGACUACUGGUAUAAACCCCAGAAACAGUUUUUAGCCUUCCCCUCCUAUCCAUACUACCAAAAGCCAUAUCGAGCCUACUACCCUGUUUAUUUCCCAUAUCCCAAAGCACAGUAUUAUGGCAAGCCCUCCCCCUCCAGAGACCAGCCCUUUGGCCCCCAGGAACUUGACCUCCAGGCCCCAAGGCGCAGGCACAGGGCCGGGGGUAAGAACCGUGGACAGGGCUGGAGGCAGCAGCCACCACCUCGCCUGCCUCUCACCCCUUAUAUCUCUAACUAUAUCCUUCCUCACCCACGGACCUACCAGCCCCUGCCUCCCAAACCAAUAACCACCCCCAGGAGAGGCAGGCGACCCCCGUACUACUAUCCACAAGUCACACCAGGAGAUGACUAUGAGGAAGACGGGCUGGUGCCUCAGCUGGACAGUGAGGAGGAACUGGAAAACUUUAUUGAGAGGAUCUACAUGAAGCGCAGAAUGUAUUGAGAGACUUUUCUGGACAUUUGUCAGAUCAGAGGGACUGACGGAGGUGGGAUAGAUAUACAGUAGCUGGGGGAAAAGCUGAAACAGAGGUGAAAAAAAGACUCAGAUGAGUUGUGUUUGGAGCCUGAUGGAAAUUUAAGGUCCAGGAAGUAAAAAGUUAGAUUUUAUGUUGUUUUAAUCACUGUACUUUUGUUGAUUUUCUCAGUCAGGGAGAGGAUGAAGGGGUCCCAGUUUAAGCUCCCUGUAACCAUGUUCAGCCUCUUGCUCAGUUUACAUUUUGAAACAGAACAUACCAUGGUGUAUGUCUGCCUCCAUUCAGGUCAAUCUCUGAAGCUCUUGCAUAUUUCAGAGAUUUCAGAAAACACACACACACACACACACACAAACAUACACAGAUAAACACACACAGACACACCUAUACAUUAACACACAUACAUAAAAUCACAUUUUUGACACAUUCACAAGCAGAUGUGCCCAUUGUAAGAGAACCAUGUUUACAACAUCACUUUGUAUCUUUUGUUUUAUAUUCUGUAUGUCAUAUUACAAAACUAAAGUAGUUCAAUGACUUCUUAGCUAUACAAGUUAAAAAAACAACAACUGAACACUGCUAUUGUCAGAUGUUGACAGUAUAUUUUUGUUGUAUUUGAUGUGUGUAGUUGCCUUUCUUAUUCCCGAUUGGAUCAACUUUAAACAGCUGCAAUUUGCAAAAGGUGCCAAAUACACACAUUUCAGUUUUUGAAACACAAGGUUCAGAUUUUUGCCUUACAAGCGCCAUGGUUCUAUAAGGGAAAUAUCACAUUGCAUAAUUAUAUCAUCACAACCGGUCCCAAUGUAGAAACCCUGUGGACUCCAAAAGCACAAACUUAAAUACUAAACACUUCCAACCUGGUGGACUAAGGGUUUUCAAUCAUUUUGGGAUCCAGAAGUUAGUGUGUCAACAUAUUUAUGGCAGAUAAAACGUAUCAUCACAACCAUACACUGCUCCUUGACUUUGCAGCAGUAUUUCAUGUCUCAUUUUUUUCCAUUGUUCAUCUCUAAUUCACAUUUACUUGUUUUUUUCCCCACACACGUUGUUUCUUGCAUCAUAUCCACAAUAUCCAGUUUUCCUUUAUUUCCAAGUGAAAAAAGAAAUACUUGAAAUCAGUCUGUUUGUUCUACAGCCUUUUUAAACAGUUUCCACCAAGAGGCUACAAACAUUUCUGUUCAUUUUCAGAAGAAAUUCAUUGAAAAGUUUCAGGCCGGGGAGUCAGGGAUUGUGCUUAAACCGUUAAAUGCACGUCUUUCUACUUGCAUCUUAAAAAAUGAACAAAAAAAAGAACAAAAAAAAGAGAAAAAAUAAAACAGUAUGGAGAAUUCAAAGUGGUUGUUUUCUCUGAAUAAACUGUGAACAUAAAAAAAAAGAAUUUUCAAAGGAAGAGGGCCACUGUGUUCACAGUGAAGCCAUCUGUCUUGUAAAAGGAGAGUGUUGUUGUUGAUGUCACCUUUAGCAUUGUAAGAUGUACAGUGUGAAAUAAAUAUGCCCGUGCAAUGUGUAAAUAACAGCAUGAUGAUUACUAGUUUUGCUAUAUGAUAAAAAAUAAAAGCAAUUAUUUUAUUAAAGUUCAGUUUUUUAAUGGC